AUGGGCUGGGACGAGAUGGACGGCCCUCUAUAUAUAUUCCACCGACUUGUAAAAAAAAGAGAGUUGAAGAUAAAAAAAAAAAAGAAGGAAAGGAAAAGGGUAAAAGGAAAAAAAAAAAACAAGGGCCAGCGGGCUCCACCUGACAACCCAAGGGGUCCUGUUGGGGAUAAGAGGAGGAGAGAGACCAAGAACGGAGACGGGGACGCAAGAGACGAGAACCGCAGGAAGGCCCCCAAAGAUGAGUCAAAAAAAGAGGUGAUUACAUACAGGUCUGUCUGCCUGCCAUGGAGGAAGUCUUCGGCAGUCCGGGAUCCGCGACAAGAAGGACUGGGAAGACGGACAAGAAUGAGCCAGAAUCAGAGCCAGAGCCAGAGCCAGAGCAUCAUGAUAUCAGAUCAUAUCACCAAGACGAAGGAGACUUUCUUCUUCUUCUUCUUCUCCUCUUCUUCUCUUCCUGCUUAUCUCUUCUGGUUAGAAGACUUUUUUGCAAAUUAA